UUGCAAGGAGUUCGCCAAGAAGAGCCCGAGCUUCUACGCCACCGCCAGUGCGGCUGGCUCCGAUCAGAAAGGUGCUCAGGUUUCUAUACAGCGGUGACGACCACGGACCGCUAUUGGCGGCUAAACCGACCACUGACAUGUUUAGCGACAAGCGACGAGCAAAGCGGGGACACUAGCUCGGGCUUCGAGUCCGGAACCGCCUCCUUCGUGCUCCAAACCACGCAUCGCGUCAUCUACCGGUUCGUGCCCAGGCACCCGGACGAACUGGCGCUGGAGAUCGUGACGCCGCCGUCACGUCACUCACUACCGUCACUGCAAACAACUCGUUUUUGCUUAGGUAUGAACCUCAGGUCAAACGAGGCGGGCAUAUUUCCCGCGGCUCACGUGUUCGAGAUCGACUUGAGCGAAUCCUUCGAUAUACCCAGAGACUUAGGUACUCUGAUGAUGAACGAAAAGGCGACAUUCGGCUUGACGUACCUUGGAUCUUUGGAGGUUACUCAUCAUAAAGGCAACGACGUUCUUGUACAGGCUAUCAAUAAGGUGUUGGACAUGUACCAGAAUAAAGAAGAUACUCUUGUUCCAAUGAAAGUUCUACUGGAUAUUUCUUACAGAGGCAUUCAUCUAAUCGACAAGUCAUCGAAAAAUGUAAACAUAUUUAUAUCUCAAUUGUUUUGCACAACUGCUCGCUCGACACCUCGUGUUUACCCUCCAUAA